UUCGAGAUUUAGAUGAUUCCAUGAAAUGUUUUGUGUUCGUCAUCAUUUUGGUUUUGAUUUGAUAAUUUUCUGAGCUAAUUAUUUUAUAAUUUAUUUUCAUUGUAGAAUAAAAUUGUAAUUAAAUUGAAAUUUUAAACUACUCUACGCGGUUCCCGCCCCCUAAAAGGUUAUCUAUGUCACUGGGCACAAUUCCACUAGCGGAGUCGUCCAGUCGGCAUUCUUGUAUCCGCAACAGCUGCAGUUGGCAGUGUUGGCACUGCAAUUAACCAAAAAUACUGUUUGUAUUCAUUUGUUACCUCAGUGUGGUGUUCUGUAUAAUUAACAAUUAAUAAAAAUUAAUUAUGGCAACAUCAGAUUCUCAGUUGAACAGUUCUUCCUCAACGAAUGAUGAAAAUGAUUUCAAAAUUAAUAAAAGUGUUGCACUCUUUGCUAAAGAAUUAUCAAAUGCCUCUUAUAGAUCUCACAAAAGUGCAUCAGAAGUUGUGUUUAGAACCGUAGCUUCUCUUAAAGAUGUUGUAAUGAAUGAUCGAUGGACAUCUGCGAAAGAAUUGAUUGAUUUGAUUCAUAUGAAUGGCGAUCAUUUGAUGGAAGCUGAUCCAACAGAAACUUGUACAUCUAAUAUGAUUAAGAGAAUACUUCAUAUUAUCAGAGAAGAGUAUAUUGAAGAUUUGGAAAGCAAGACCGGGGAAAAAGAUACUUCAAACUCCUUGAAAAAAACUAUGACUUCAGAAAGGAGAACUAAAGACAUAGACUAUUCUAAAAUAGUGCCUACAUUAAAAACAUCUAUUAUUGAUCACAUUAAUGAAUUUGUAACAGAACUGGAAACUUGCAAAGAAAACAUCAUUCAACAAGCUAAACAGCACUUACAUGCUAAUGAGAUUAUCAUGACUUUGGGUUAUUCAAAAUUGGUUGAAGAUUUUCUGAAAAAAGCUGCACAAACCAGAACUUUUGAAGUUAUUGUUGCUGCUGGUUUACCACUUUUAGGGGGUCAUGAUAUGGCAUCAAAUUUAUCAAAAGCAAACAUUCAAACUACAUUAAUAUCAGAUGCAGCUAUUUUUGCGAUGAUGUCUCGUGUCAAUAAAGUAAUAAUUGGUACCAAUGCAGUGAUGGCUUCGGGUGGUUUAAGAGCUUACACUGGUUCUCACCCCUUAGCAUUAGCAGCUAACUAUUACUCAAUACCUGUUAUUGUACUUGUACCACUUUAUAAAUUAUGUCCAACGGAAAAAGAUGCUUUUGAAGCAAAUAAUUAUUUUCAUAAAGUCAUGGCACCAACACAAGGCGUUGUUAAUCCCGACGAUGCAAGUUUGGCAGAUAGGUGUACAAUAAUUAAUCCAGUAUUUGACUAUGUACCACCUGAAUUAGUCACACUUUUCAUAUCAGACAGAGGAGGAAAUGCACCCUCGUACUUUUAUCGGUACAUCAGUGAAUUGUACCAUCCAGCCGAUCAUAAUCUGAAUUUGUGAUACAUACAAAGUUUUGAAGGAAUCUAUUUCAAAGUGUAAAUAUCGAGACUGUCAAUGUAACAUUUGAAUUGUCUUACAAAAACUUACUGUACUGUUGUUUUAUGAUAAGUAAAGUUUUAAUAUUAAAAUAUAAUUGUAUUAAGAAAAUAUACAUUUUUAUUAAAACUGUA